AUGGAGGCCUGUUGUGACGCGGUUCUGGUCAAUGGAGAAGCGGUGGUGGACGAGAGCUCACUGACAGGAGAGUCAAUGCCACUGCACAAGACACAACUCAUAGACAACCACGAUCUCUAUGUCAAGAGAGGGGUGAGUCGCAAGUACACUAUACUGGCGGGAUCACAGAUUAGGGCUAUUCAUCCCAGCGCAGUAGGAGAACGAGUGCUUAUGCUGGCCAUGGAAACCGGGGCUUGGACUGAGCAAGGCGACAUGAUCCGCCGCAUUCUCUUCCCUAAUCCAGUGGAGUACCAGUUCACACAGCAACUGCCUCUGGUGUUCAUGAUCCUGUUUGUAUGGGGUGUUUUUGCGUUCGGCUUCUCAGUGUUUUUGAUGCACCAGGGCAAUGUGCAGUCCUGGUUCUACGGCGCGCUGGGAAUUACUCAGAUCAUCUCACCCAUGCUGCCAACUGUGUUGGUCGUGGGACAAACAGUAGCGGCUGCGCGAUUGCAGAAGGCGGGCAUCUGGUGUGUGGACUUCAGUCGAAUAGCAAUGGGAGGAUCACUCCAGACGUUUUGCUUUGAUAAAACAGGUUC